AUGAUGAUGCAUCCAACACCACCGCCCUCGAUACCACACAGUGAUAUCGAUAGUUUCAAAUACAGAAGAGACGCAGAGUUCAGGAACCUUGAGAUUCCAAGCCCAGAGGAAGCCGAAUAUGUCGAACACAUCGAACAAACCAAAGCACAUCUGCCAGGAGACUUGACUCAAACCGAGGAGGAAGAACAAAAACAUUGGUUCAUUGGUAGUAUUGAUCAAGGCACAACUUCUACAAGAUUCAUUAUCUUCAAUGGAGAAGGGCAACCUGUUGCCAUGCACCAGCAUGAAUUUGAAAACAUGUACCCUGAGUCCGGAUGGCAUGAACAUGAUCCUCAAGAAUUGGUUAACUCUGUGGAUGAGUGUGUAGAGAAGGCAACAGAAAAAUUCCUCGAAUUGGGAUACAAGAAGUCCGACAUCAAAGCUAUUGGAAUUACCAAUCAACGUGAAACAACUAUCUGCUGGGACACAAACACUGGAGAACCAUUAUACAAUGCCGUUGUUUGGCCUGAUACCCGAACCACCGCUCUUGUGCGCGAGCUCAAGGAGUCGGAUGGAGCAGAUGAGAUCCUUCAAUUGUGUGGUCUGCCACUUUCGACCUACCCUUCCAGCGUUAAGCUUAUGUGGAUGUACCGAAACGUUGAAGCUAUCAAGAACGCAUACGAUGAAGGCAGAUUGUCUUUUGGAACAGUCGACUCUUGGUUGAUCUACAAACUCAACGGAGGAAAGGAAGGUGGUGUUCAUGUCACAGAUACCACCAAUGCUUCUAGAACCAUGUUCAUGAACCUCCACACAUUACAAUACGAUGAUAAACUCCUCAACUUCUUCCAACUCGACAGAAAAAACGUUACCCUUCCAAAAAUCGUUCCGUCAUCAGACAAGGAAGCUUUCGGUAAAAUGGCCUACGGUGCUCUCGAAGGCACCAGAAUCACUGGCUGUCUUGGAGAUCAAUCAUCCGCUUUGGUCGGUCAAUGCGGCUUCAAGCCUGGUCAUGCAAAGAACACAUACGGAACUGGUUGCUUCCUUCUCUACAACGUUGGUGACAAGCCAGUAGUAUCAAAAUAUGGUCUUUUGGCUACCGUCGCAUACGAUUUUGGCAAUGGCCGAAAACCCGUUUACGCUCUUGAGGGCAGCAUUGCUGUUGCAGGUUCCGGUGUCAAGUUCUUGAUGAACAACUUGGGUUUCAUCGCACAUUCAAGCAAGAUCACUGAAUUGGCAGAGACUGUUGAUGACAACGGAGGUGUAGUAUUCGUUACUGCUUUCUCUGGUUUAUUCGCUCCAUACUGGAUUGAUGAUGCCAAGGGAACACUUUUCGGUAUUACUCAACACACACAACGUGGUCACAUCGCCCGUGCUACCCUUGAAGCUACUUGUUUCCAAACCAAGGCCAUCCUUGAUGCUAUGGAGAAAGAUUCCGGACACAAGUUGGAAGGACUCGCUGUUGAUGGUGGCAUGUCCAACUCUGACCUUUGCAUGCAAACACAAGCCGAUGUUCUCAACAUUCCAAUCAACAGACCAGUCAUGCGCGAAACCACAGCUCUCGGAGCCGCAAUCGCAGCGGGUUUCGCAGUCGGUAUCUGGAAGGAGUUUGAUGAACUCAAGGAGAUGAACCGUGAUGACAGAACUAUCUUCGAACCAAAAAUCAAGCCAGCAAAGGCUGCCCGUAUGUUCAAGAAAUGGGGACAAGCAGUUGAGAUGAGCAAGGGAUGGGUCUUGCAGAACGAGGAUGAGAACGAUGACGACGUUGACUAA